AUGGCAGCAACUGCAUUGUGCAGAUUCUUGAAUAUCAGUGCUUUUGUUUUCUUGUUAAUAAUCCCUUUUGUCCAGUCACUAUCCUUCAAUUUUGAAAGGUUUAGCCCCUCCAAUGACAAGAAUAUUAGGUUUGAGGGAACCUCUGUGGUGAACAACUCCAUCCAGCUAACGUCAUACCAGGAAACAAAAAUUGGAAACCAGGAAACAAGAAUUGGAAGGGCCACAUAUGCUGAGCCACUUCACCUCUGGGACAAGGCUUCUGGGGACCUCUCGGGGUUCAACACCCGCUUCGCAUUCGUCAUUGAUUCCAAUGGCAACACAAAUUAUAGUGAUGGUUUUGCAUUCUUCCUGGCUCCUGUUGGCUCUCGGAUCCCUCCUGAUGCAACCAAAGGUGCCCGUUUUGGCCUGGUGAAUGAUGAUGAAAGCUUGAACUCUAGUAACCCAUUUGUUGCUGUGGAGUUCAAUAUUCAUGAUACUGAGGAGAUGCAAGUGGGCAUAGAUGUGAACUCGGUGGUGUCCAUCGCAACUGUGACCUGGUCUCCCAACAUUGAGGAAGGGAAGCAGGGUGAGGCCUGGAUUGAUUAUGAUCCGACGUCGAUGAAUCUAAGUGUUGUGUUCAGUGGUGUAGAAGGGAAUAAAAUUACAUAUGGGAACCUGUCACACAUUCUUGAUCUAAGAAAGUACUUGCCAGAACGGGUCACUUUUGGCUUUUCUGGUGCAACAGUGAACCAAGCAGCAUUGCAGAUGAUCAAUAAAUGGAGUUUCACAUCAACCUUUAACCUCAAUGAAAACCAGGAGGCAGAUGCAGACAGGAAAUCAACCAGUAAGGGACUUGUUGUUAUUGGUGUGGUUGUAGGAGGGUGCUUUCUGAUUGGAGGUUGCACCGCGUUUUCAUUUGUGGUGUGGAGAAGGAGGAAGAUGAGAGAGGAACUUGAUGAUGAUAUAUUUGAUAACAGUGAUGAUGAGCUUGGAGGGGGCACUGCCACUGGGCCAAAAAAGUUUACCUACAGAGAUCUGGCCAGAGCUACCAACAACUUUUCACAGCAAGAGAAGCUUGGAGAAGGAGGGUUCGGGAGUGUUUAUAAGGGCUACUUGAAGGAGUUCAAUUCGUAUGUUGCUGUGAAAAGGGUGUCAAAGGGAUCCAAGCAAGGGAUCAAAGAAUAUGUAUCAGAAGUGAAGACCAUCAGCCGUACAAGGCACAAGAACUUGGUGCAACUAAUGGGGUGGUGCCACAGGAACAAAGACCUUCUACUUGUUUAUGAGUUUAUGUCCAAUGGCAGCUUAGACUCCCAUCUUUACAAAGGCCAAAGCCUGUUGACAUGGCCACUAAGGUACAAGAUUGUUCAGGGUUUAGCCUAUGCUUUACUCUAUCUGCAUGAAGAAUGCCACAAAUGUAUUGUCCAUAGGGACAUAAAGUCUAGCAACAUCAUGCUAGAUUCAAAUUUUAAUGUUAAACUUGGGGAUUUUGGAUUAGCCAGGUUGGUUGAUCACGAAAAGGGAUCGCACACAACUGAUGUGGCAGGAACCAUGGGAUACAUAGCACUUGAAUGCAUCGUCUCAGGCAAGGCUAGCAAGGAAACUGACAUUUACAGCUUUGGAAUUGUGGCAUUAGAGAUAGCCUGUGGGAGAAAACCAAUUGAUUCUACAGCUGAAGAUUGCCAUGUGAACAUUGUUGACUGGGUGUGGAAACUCUAUGGAACUGGACAACUUCUUGAUGCUGUUGAUCCAAUUCUUUCGGGCGAAUUCAAUGGAAGAGAAGUGGAGCAGAUGAUGAUUGUCGGGCUAUGGUGUGCUCAUCCAGAUUACAGUUUCAGGCCAAGUAUUAGACAAGUCAUUCAAGUGCUCAACUUUGAAGCUUCUCUGCCUGAUCUCCCAGAAACUAUGCCGGUAGCCACAUUUUGGCCUCAAAGAAAUGUUCAAUAUUCUUCAUCUUCAUCAUACUAUGGCUCUGAUGUUUCUCAGACUAGCCAAACAAAAUCCUUAGUCUCUAGUAGCAACACAGAUUCCUCAUGUUCUUUUGCAAUAUAAUUAAUCUGAAAUUUUGUGUAUUUCUUUUCUGCUAGACCAAGUUCUUCAGUUUGGCUUCAAACUUGUUCUAGUUUCAUGUCAGUUUCACUUUUUCAUUUUGCAGCAGAAAAACUCAAAAUUUUCUCCAA